UUUCCUUAGACCGUGGAUAAAUAAUCCUUUAACAUUAGUUUCGACAAAGUAGGGCAGUAUUUGUUUGAAAGCAAAGGUUUUUUUUUCACUCAAUAAAAUCAUCUUGAAGAUUUAUCAGCGUUAUAAGAAGGUUUCUCUCAAUCUCUUGUCCUGUUUUCCAGUCAACCACGCACUCUGUUAUACAUUUCCGGACGGCAUUUCAUUCGUUUAAUAUCGUUUUGUUUGAUGAUUGAGUAGCCGAUUUUGCCUAAACGGAGAAUGUUGUUGCAAACGCAAAUGUAUUGCGGAGUUGUGGUUCGCUUUGUAACUUGUGUCUGUUUGGUGGGCUUUGCUGCUGCAAAAUGCGUUCCCGAGAAGUGUGGUGAUUUCAAUGUGAGUUACCCUUUUUGGAUUAACAAUUCUGAUUGUGGAUACCCUGGUUUUAAUAUCACAUGCAUGAAGGAUGCAGAUACUGGGAAGAUGGUUCCAUUUCUUCCUGUUUAUAAUAAUACUAGGAAGUAUGACUAUAUUAAUACUAGGAACUAUAUUAAUACUAGGAAGUAUGACUAUAAUAAUACAUUAGCUUACUAUGAAAUUCGAGAGAUCAAUUAUUCUGGGUACAUUGUGAUCAGUUCGAGAAAUCUUAAAGCCUUUACCUGUAUGGAAUGGGGAGAGGCAGACACAUUCAUCUUGUUUCAGCUACCUAUGCCCGGGCCUUUCACUAUUUCUAGGUCAAAUAAAUUUGUGGUUGUUGGUUGCAAUUCGUCUGGUAGGUUCUCCUAUGGAGAACAUGGGCCACAAGCAAUAUGUUUAUCUUCGUGUGACUCUCAAAGUGUUCCACCAUACUGCAGCCGUGGCUGUUGUGAAAUGACCCUUCCAGAUAACAGGCAGUGGUUUGAUUUCUCUGGUGGAGGUGUCUUUACCUUAGACGGUCAUAAGAAAUGUGGCUUCUCCACCAUAAUGGAUCCGAAUACGUUGAGUGUAAGGGAUAAUAAAACAAACCACUUUAUGGGAGAUAGGAAGGUUGAAUAUGGUCUCCGCCUUAACUGGGGUAUCGGCCAUCACAAUUGCUCUGUGGCUAAAGAAGCUGUCAAUUAUUCUUGCUCCAUCAACGCACAAUGUAAUGAUUCUCUUUCAGAAGUAGGGUAUGUAUGCAAAUGCUUUCCUGGAUAUGUUGGAAGUGGUUACUCGAUUGGCACUGGUUGCACAGACAUUGAUGAAUGUAAUAAUAGAACAUUGAAUAAUUGCGUGGAACGAUCCAAGGGAGGUGAAUGCCAGAAUUUGAAAGGCUCUUACAAUUGUACAUGUGCAAAGGAUUACAGUGGAGAUGGCUUCCAAAACGGUUCAAGGUGCGAGUCGGAAAGGUCAAAUAAAACUGCCAUGUUUGCAGCUAUAGGCUCUAUAUCUUCAUUCGUUGGAGUUUCAUUAGGAGCAUUGGGAUUAGUCUUUCUGUUGAAAAAGCGUUACGAGAAACAGGCGAGGGACGAGUACUUCCGAUGCAACGGAGGUUUUUUGCUAGAGAGAAUCCUCACAGAAAAGGGAAAUCAGACGGAGGGGAAAAUAUUCAAGAUUUUUUCUGAAAAUGAGCUUAAAAGGGCCUCCCAAGAUUAUUCAGAUGAUAUGAAGCUUGGUACUGGUGGGUCAAGCACUGUAUAUAAAGGCAUCCUUCCAAAUGGGACAGCUGUGGCUAUUAAAAAGUUCAAGGAAUUUCCCGUCGGUGUAGAAAGCGAGGAAGCCAUGAAGCAGUUUAUCAAUGAAAUCGUGAUUCUUUCUGGUUUAAAUCAUAAAAAUGUGGUGAAAUUGGUUGGAUGCUGCCUGCAAACACAAUCUCCUCUUUUAGUAUACGAAUUUGUUGACGGUGGAACUAUUUCACAUCAGCUUCAUUCCGGUCAUUUGAAUUGGCAGAGUCGCUUACAGAUUGCCCGAGGUAGUGCAGAUGCUCUAGCAUAUCUGCAUUCAGAAUUAGAUCGACCCAUUAUCCACAGGGACGUGAAAUCAACCAAUAUUCUUCUGGACAAUACUGUCACUCCAAAAGUUGCAGAUUUUGGGAUAUCUCGGCUACUGUGUGGGAAUGAUACCCAUCUCACCACCAAUAUAAUGGGCACCUGCGGCUACAUGGAUCCUGAAUACUAUGAAACAGGCACUCUUACUGAAAAAAGCGAUGUUUACAGCUUCGCCGUAUUCCUUGCAGAGCUCCUCACCGGUCGAGAUCCCCUGUCUCCUGGAAGACCUCCUCAUGAAAUCAUCUUAUCUAAGUUUUUUCUUUCCAAAUAUAAGGAUGACUGCUUGACUGAUAUUUUGGAUUCAAACGUGAAGAAUGAAGAGAACCAGUAUCAGAUGAUUGCUGUGGCGAGUUUAGCAAGAGAAUGUCUUUGCCAUGAAGGAAAAGGAAGACCGACGAUGAGAGAGGUGAAGAUCAAGCUCGAAGAGAUUGGAGGUUCCACAAGGCUCGCCACAUCAACUUCAUGUUUAAACGUCCGCAGUGACCACAUUUCAAGCGAGACUAAAGUUGAGUCGACAAGUUCACUGUUUCAGCUCACAGAGAUGUCCAGGAUGCAAGGACGCUGAUCUUGAUUUAGUUUUACCAAUAUUUUGAUGUUUGCAUAAAAUAAAAACAUAUCAUGUCUAUACAAGCUAGUUAUUGUAUGGAGGUUCCAUCCCUUGAUUACAUGAUGAAUGUAUUGUUCCAGUUUACUAUUGUU